AUGAUGAGCUUCAGCGGCGCGGACGCGCUGCUGGGCGCCCCGUUCGCGCCGCUCCAUGGAGGCGGCAGCCUGCACUACGCGUUGGCCCGCAAGGGCGGAACGCGCUCUACCGCCGGCUCAUCCAGUGGCUUCCACUCCUGGGCGCGGACAUCCGUGAGCUCCGUGUCGGCCUCCCCGAGCCGCUUCCGUGGCGCAGCAGCCACCUCAAGCACCGACUCCCUAGACACGCUGAGCAACGGACCGGAGGGCUGCGUGGUGGCAGCAGCCGCGGCCCGCAGCGAGAAGGAGCAGCUGCAGGCGCUGAAUGACCGCUUCGCAGGCUACAUCGACAAGGUACGGCAGCUCGAGGCUCACAACCGCAGCCUGGAAGGCGAGGCGGCGGCCCUGCGGCAGCAGCACGCUGGCCGCGCCGCCAUGGGCGAGCUGUACGAGCGAGAGGUGCGCGAGAUGCGCGGCGCUGUGCUGCGCCUGGGCGCGGCGCGCGGCCAGCUGCGCCUGGAGCAGGAGCACCUGCUCGAAGACAUUGCGCACGUGCGCCAGCGCCUAGACGACGAGGCCCGGCAGCGGGAAGAAGCCGAGGCGGCGGCGCGCGCACUCGCGCGCUUUGCGCAAGAGGCCGAGGCGGCGCGCGUCGAGCUGCAGAAGAAGGCGCAAGCGCUGCAGGAAGAGUGCGGCUACCUGCGGCGUCACCACCAGGAGGAGGUGGGCGAGCUGCUCGGCCAGAUCCAGGGCUGCGGCGCCGCGCAGGCGCAGGCGCAGGCCGAGGCGCGCGACGCCCUGAAGUGCGACGUGACGUCGGCGCUGCGCGAGAUCCGCGCGCAACUUGAAGGCCACGCGGUGCAGAGCACACUGCAGUCGGAGGAGUGGUUCCGAGUGAGGCUGGACCGACUAUCAGAGGCAGCCAAGGUGAACACAGAUGCCAUGCGCUCAGCCCAGGAGGAGAUAACAGAGUAUCGCCGCCAGCUGCAGGCUAGGACCACAGAGCUGGAGGCACUCAAAGGCACCAAGGACUCACUAGAGAGGCAGCGCUCUGAACUGGAGGACCGUCAUCAGGCUGACAUCGCAUCCUACCAGGAGGCCAUCCAGCAGCUGGACACCGAGCUAAGGAACACCAAGUGGGAGAUGGCAGCCCAGCUCCGAGAGUACCAGGACCUGCUCAAUGUCAAGAUGGCUCUGGAUAUUGAGAUUGCCGCUUACAGAAAACUCCUGGAGGGUGAAGAAUGUCGGAUUGGCUUUGGCCCCAGUCCUUUCUCCCUUCCAGAAGGACUCCCCAAAAUCCCCUCUAUAUCCACUCACAUAAAGGUCAAAAGUGAAGAGAAGAUCAAAGUGGUAGAAAAGUCAGAGAAGGAAACCGUGAUUUUGGAGGAACAGACAGAGGAGAUCCAAGUGACUGAAGAAGUGACUGAAGAAGAAGAGAAAGAGGCCAAAGAGGAGAAAGGUGAGGAAGAGGAAGCAGAAGAGGGAGAAGAAGAAACAAAGUCUCCCCCAGCAGAAGAGGCUGCAUCUCCAGAGAAGGAAGAGGCCAAGUCCCCAGUGAAGGAAGAAGCUAAGUCCCCAGCUGAGGCCAAGUCCCCAGUGAAGGAAGAGGCCAAGUCCCCAGAAAAGGCUAAGUCCCCCAUGAAAGAAGAAGCAAAAUCACCAGCUGAGGCCAAGUCCCCAGUGAAGGAAGAGGCCAAGUCUCCAGCUGAGGUGAAGUCCCCUGAGAAAGCUAAAUCCCCCAUGAAAGAAGAAGCAAAAUCUCCAACGGAGGUGAAAUCCCCAGAGAAGGCCAAGUCCCCAGCUAAGGAAGAAGCAAAGUCCCCUGUGGAGGCCAAGUCCCCUGAAAAGGCCAAGUCUCCGGUAAAGGAAGAGGCCAAGUCCCCUGAGAAGGCCAAGUCCCCAGUGAAGGAGGAGGCCAAGUCCCCAGAGAAGGCCAAGUCCCCAGUGAAGGAGGAGGCCAAGUCCCCAGAGAAGGCCAAGUCCCCAGUGAAGGAGGAGGCCAAGUCCCCCGAGAAGACCAAGUCCCCAGUGAAGGAGGAGGCCAAGUCCCCAGUGAAAGAGGAAGCCAAGUCCCCCGAGAAGGCCAAGUCUCCAGUGAAGGAGGAGGCCAAGUCCCCUGAGAAGGCCAAGUCUCCAGUGAAGGAGGAGGCCAAGUCCCCUGAGAAGGCCAAGUCCCCGGUGAAGGAGGAAGCCAAAUCCCCAGAGAAGGCCAAGUCUCCAGUGAAGGAGGAGGCCAAGUCCCCUGAGAAGGCCAAAUCCCCAGUGAAGGAGGAGGCCAAGUCCCCAGAGAAGCCCAAGUCCCCAGUGAAGGAGGAGGCCAAGUCCCCUGAAAAGGCCAAGUCCCCUGAGAAGACCAAGUCUCCAGUGAAGGAGGAGGCCAAGUCCCCUGAGAAGGCCAAGUCCCCAGUGAAGGAGGAGGCCAAGUCCCCUGAGAAGGCCAAGUCCCCAGUGAAGGAGGAGGCCAAGUCCCCAGAGAAGGCCAAGUCCCCGGUGAAGGAGGAGGCCAAGUCCCCAGAGAAGGCCAAGUCCCCUGAGAAGGCCAAGUCCCCAGUGAAGGAAGAGGCCAAGUCCCCUGAGAAGGCCAAGUCCCCAGAGAAGGUCAAAUCUCCUGUGAAAGAAGAGACCAAGGCUCCUGAGAAAGAGGUCACAAAGAAGGAAGAGGCAAAGUCCCCCAUAAAGGAGGAAGAGAAACCCCAGGAAGUGAAAGUCAAAGAGCCCGCAAAGAAGGCAGAGGAAAAGAAAGCUCCAGCCACACCAAAAACUGAGGAGAAGAAGGACAGCAAGAAAGAUGAGGUGCCAAAGAAGGAGGCUCCAAAGCCUGAGGUCCAGGAAAAGAAGGAGCCUGCUGUGGAGAAACCCAAAGAAUCCAAAAUUGAAGCCAAGAAAGAGACUGAAGAUAAGAAAAAAGCAGUGACCCCAGAGAAGGAGGUUCCUGCGAAGGUGAAGGAAGAAGCCAAACCCAAAGAGAAGGCUGAGGUGGCCAAGAAGGAGCAAGAUGAUGCCAAGGCCAAAGAACCCAGCAAAGCAGCAGAAAAGGAGCCAGAAAAGCCAAAGAAGGAAGGGACACCUGCAGCACCCGAGAAAAAAGAUGUCAAGGAGAAGACCCCAGAGGCCAAGAAAUCUGAGGAGAAACCCAAAGCAGAGGCCCCAGCCAAAGAAGAGCCCAGCAAGGAGGCCCCCACACCUGGCAAAGCCAAGACAGAAAAGGCUGAGAAAUCCUCUAGCACAGACCAAAAAGACAGCAGGCCUGCAGAGAAGGCCACAGAAGACAAGGCCUCCAAGGGGGAGAAGUAAGGCAGGGAGAAAGGACUAUCCAGAACAGCCAAAGAUACUCAGGAGGGCCCAGGAGCUCAAGGGUCGACAUAACAAAUUUUCAUUUUUUUCUCCCUUUUCUUUAUAUAAAAAGAAACUCUGCUUAGAUGAUGGGGCCCUCCUUCACCAAACAGGAAUUUCUAUUAGCAAUAUGUUAGCAAGAGAGGGUAUUCCCAGUCCCCUGGCCCUACAUCCCAAACCCUCCCCAGGCGAUGGACAAUUAUGUUAUGAUAGCUUACGUAGCCGAAUGUGAUAUAUGCCGAAUGCCACAUGUAAACACUUGACUAUAAAAACUGACCCCCUCCUUUCUAAAUAAGUGCAUUUAUUACCUGUAUGUGCAAUUGACAGAUGAUCACAAUAAUGAAUGAGCAGUUAGAAACACAUUAUGCUUGAGAUGUCUUAACCUAUUCCUGAAUGCCUUCUGUUUUCCAAAGGAGUGGCCGAGCCCUUGCCCAGAGCUCUCUAUCCUGGAAGAGCUGGAGCAGGUGGGGCUGGGCACUGGCCACUGAAUCAUGCCAGGGCGCACUUUUCCACUGGAGUCCACUUUCAAUUGCUUCUGUGCAA